AUGAAGCAGCUGCUGAUCGCGGCUAAAGUCGUACGCUUUGGACUCGAUUUUGACGUCCCACUCCAGUUUCCGGCACCAACAUCGUCGACGACGCAGGUCGUUCCUCAUUCCGAUUCCAUUCCGCUUCACCGUUCUCUCUCAGUUUACCAUCCACCUCCACCGGGGUUAGUUAAUCCGUUUGAUAAGGUGAUACGUUCUUUCCAGAAACCUCUUUCUCUCCCACCUUUUACUCUUCCCACCGCCUCCAACUCCUUGGUGGUGUGCUGUUUUGAGUUGUGGCACGCUUGUGCCCGACCUCUGAUAUCGCUACCGAAGAAAGGAAACGCCGUUGUGUACUGCCCUCAAGGUCACCUCGAACAGCUACAAUCCAGCGGCGAUGGUCCAACCUCCGGCGACUGUAAUCUCCCCCCUCAUGUGUUUUGCUGUGUUCUUGACGUCAAGCUUCACGCUGAAGCUGGAACUGACGAUGUUUAUGCUCAAGUUUCCUUGAUUCAAGAUCCUAAGCAUGGUCGAAGAAGGAAAAAGAGACUAAUUUCCUUAAAAGCCACUAUAGAAUAUAAAAUGGUGCAAAAGAAGGUGAAAGACCAACUUCAGUUGGAUCCUAUCACUGUAAAGUCAGACGAGGUGGAAGUUUCCAGUCAUUUUCCUGCAAGUAACCAUGAUUCUCAACUUUUCAAGUUGAAAAAGCUUGAUUAUUUCACCCCAAAGAUUAACACCACCAAGAUUUAG